AUGUCUCGCCUAAUCAAUAGAGGUAUCUUCCUUGGAGAUAAUGAAGCGCUUUCUAUCAGAGAUCUUGGAGACAUCUACAAGCCUGUUGAAAGUCAAGCUCUUAUAAAAGUGAAAUACUCGGCUAUCAACCCAGCAGAUCUCAAGCAUUCCUACGUUGGUUUGGGUGGCUCUAUCACUGGUUAUGACUGGGUUGGCACUGUGGUAGAGAUUGGGAACUCUUCCUCCUUCACAGUUGGGCAACAAUUGUUUGGGGGCGUUAUUCCUGCAAGCCAGCGACCACUGCAUACUGGUUCACAUCAGAAUUAUCUGAUUAUUGAUGGGAAAGAAGUUGCCGCAACUCUACCCGUCGCUGUAGAGAGUGCUGCUGAUUUAAUCUUCAACGUCAAUGGUUUUGGUCUUCCCGUGGCUGGGAUUGACGGCCAAGAUGCAUCUGGCAUUCCAAUCCUCAUUUGGGGAGGGGCCUCGGGUGUUGGAGCUGCGGCGAUUCAGGUUGCAAAGGCCGCAGGAUUCGAGCCUAUUUUUGUCACUGCAUCGCCCAAGAACCACGAGCCACUGCUGAAAGCCGGGGCUUCUGGUGCUUUCGACUAUAAUAGCCCUACAGUCGAUCCAGUCUCUCCAGUCUCAGAAGCAAAUCAUCAACGAGCCCAUCCAAUGUUGCCCCAAUUCUAUGUUUAA